AUGAACCCCACUAUCGAACGAUCCGCACGGCUGGCCGACUACGUCUGGUCGUUUCUGGGCGCACACAAGGUGGUGGUUGGCCUGUUUCUGGCCGCCUACUUCAUUUUCAAGUCACGAGACCAUGUGAAGAUCACCAAGCCCAGAAAACCGUUGGAGCUGCAUCUCAAGAACGGCAAGACUGAGUCGCUCGACGCUCUGAUCCAGCAGGUCCCCGGCCUCAAAAACGGCGACACUCUGUGGUACAACCCUCUCAAGAUCCUCAACCAUGUGCAGACCAUCAUGGCUUCUCAGAACGACCUCCAUGGCACCGACCUGGUCUACUACGCCCGACGAAUGGUUGAUUUCGACGACGGCGUUCAGAUUGCCGCCGAUUACGUCGUCCCCGCCCCCAAGACCCCUGAGGAAAAGGCGGCCUGGAAGAAGGGACUCGAGUACAAGCCCGAGGAGAACACCCCGAAGUUCCCAGUUCGAACCCGAUACAAGCAGCCCCAGGAAGUGGAGCUCGACCACAGCGACGACUCCAAGCCCAUGCUGAUUCUUCUCCACGGCCUCACCGGCGGCUCUUAUGAGUCCUACGUGCGAGCUGUUGUUGCUAAAAUCACCUCUCAAUACAACGCUUCUGCCGACGGAACCCUUGUAGACUUUGAGUGUGUUGUCAUGAACACUCGAGGAUGCGCCCGAACCACCAUCAAGACCCCCGAGCUGUUCAACGGCUGCUGGACCGAGGACGUGCGAAGGUUUGUCAAGGAUAUGCGAAAGCGAUACCCCAACCGGCGAUUCUACAUGGUGGGUUUCUCUCUUGGAGCCUCCAUUCUCGCUAACUACCUGGGCCAAGAGGCCGAGGACAUCGACAUUGAGGCUGCCUGUGUUGUUGCCAACCCCUGGGACCUGUGUGCCUCAUACUACGCCCUGCGAAGCUCGUGGUCUGGACGACACCUGUACAACCCCCAGAUGGCUAAGAACCUGCUGCGAAUGCUCCGAAACCACCGGGAGGUCAUGAAGCGAAACCCCAUCUACGACGAGUCGCUGACUAAGCAGGUCAAGUCCAUUGUCGACUUUGACAACCUGUUCACCGCCCCCAUGUUCGGAUUCGACACCGCCACCGACUACUAUCGACAUGGCUCGUCGUGUAACCGAAUCAUGAACAUCCGAGUCCCCACUUUGAUUCUGCAUGCCCUGGACGACCCCGUGGCUCCCGGCUUCCAGCUGCCCUACCACGAGAUCAAGCGAAACCCCUACACCGUCAUGGCUGCCACCAAUCAUGGAGGACACAUUGGCUGGUUCCACUGGGGCAAGGACAAACGAUGGUUCCCCUCCAAGAUUGCUGGUUUCUUCUCGCAGUUUGAGAAGGAGGUGGAUCACACCAAGGACAACAACACAAAGGUGGAGCGACUGGAGCGUCGGUGGGAGAAUGAUAGACUUCGAGCUGUUCGAUACGAUUAG